AUGGCCACAUCCCACAGAGCCAUCCCUGCUGAGAUCCAAGAGGGCAUCACCACCUUCCUGGGGACAAAGGAGGUCCUUCUGAUGAUGAGCAUCCAGCUGCAGGUGAAAUCCAAGUACGACAACUACAUCUUGGUGCUGACGCCCUGGCGAGCCUAUGUGCUGCCAAUGACACUGCCAGUGAGGGUUCACAGCAGCUUCAGCUUCCUAGAAGUGAGGGAGAUGACUGUGCGAGAGCCCAGCUUGGUUGUCAUAGAAACAGAUGCAGCGUCUCAUGCCUUCCAGUUCAUGUCCUCUGAUGAUUUGGAGCAAGUUGUCAUCCACGUCACAAUGUCUCUUAAGAAGGUCUUUCCAGACUCAUCUCCUGGGACACUGCUCAAGAACUACCCACCCAAGCUGUAUGAGAGAAUCCAGUGGAUCACGGACUCACUGGAGGAGAUGCUGAAGAGCAGCCCUGCGCCCUGUGGGGGGUUCUCGGAGACCUAUGCUGCUCUGUGUGAUUACAAUGGUUUUGCUUUCCGUGAGGAGAUACAGUGGGACGUGGACAACAUCUAUCACAGCCAGGACUGCCGGGAGUUCAACCUGCUGGACUUCAGCCACCUGGAGAGCCGAGAUGUGGCGCUGAGUGUGGCCGCUUUGUCCUUCAACCUGUGGUUCACCAAGCUCUCCUGCAAGGACUUCAGGCUGAACCAGGAGAUCUUGGAGCAGCUGCUCUACAUGCUCAGCAAAUCCGUGAUGCUGGAGGAGCUGGUGCUGGAGAACAGUGGGUUGAAAGCGGACUUUGCACAGAGGAUGGCCCAAGUACUCAGCAACCAUCCCGACUCUGUCCUGCACACCAUUAACCUUGCUGGCAACCAGCUGGAAGACAGAGGGAUCGCUGCCUUCAGCCGGCACGUGGAGAAGUGUCCCAAGGGUCUGCAGAGCCUCAACUUGGCCAGGACAAUGCUCACUGCUAAAGGGAUGAGCAUGUUAUGCAAGGCCCUCGCAGAUAACAAAGCCAUUGGAUCCUCCCUCCGGCACUUGGACCUCUCAGGAAACCCUGGCUCCCUGGCUGGGGACGAUACCAGUAACCUGCAGAUCCUCCUUCGCCAGUGCCACUCACUGUCCCACCUCAGCCUGGCCAGCACGGACUGCCCCUUGGAUGCUGUCUUCGGAGCCCUGGCCCGUGGAUGCCACACCAGCCUCGUCUAUCUGGAUCUCUCCAAAAAUGUGUAUUCCCACAAGAGGGUGAAAACCACCUCUCCUGGCAUCAAGGAGUUUUUCAGCCAGGCCUGCGUCCUCAGGCACGUCUCCCUGGCGGGCACCAAGCUGCCAGCAGAUGCUGUAAGGGUGCUACUGCAAGGGCUGGCAGACAACAGCCACAUCAGUGACCUGCACCUGGAUCUCAGCAACUGCGAGCUGAGAUCAGUGGGGGCGCAAGUCAUCCAGGAUCUCAUCCCUGUCACCAGCUCCAUCAGUGACCUGGACUUGUCUGACAAUGGCUUUGACCCCGACAUGGUGACGCUGGUGCUCUCCAUAGGCAGAAGCAAGUCCAUUAGGCACGUGUCUCUGGGGAAAAACUUCAACAUCAAAUCCAAGGAAGGGCUGUUGGAUGUCCUGCACCGUAUUGUCCAGCUCACCCAGGAGGAUGACUGUCCUCUCCAGUCCCUGUCGGUGGCCGAAUCACGCCUCAAGCUGGGAACCAAUGUCCUGCUGAGUGCCCUGGGCAGUAACACCAGCCUCACUGCUCUGGACAUCAGCGGCAACGCCAUGGGGGACACAGGGGCCAAGAUGCUAGCCAAGGCCCUGCAGAUCAACACAAAGCUCAGGACUGUGGUUUGGGACAGGAACAACACAACUGCCCAUGGGCUCCUGGAGGUGGCUCAAGCUUUGGAGAGGAACUACACCCUCAAAUGCAUGCCCUUGCCAAUGAGCGAUGUGGCACAGGCGUACCGCAGCCACCCUGAGAAGACGGAACAGGCAGUGCACAAGCUUCAGUCCUGCCUGAUGAGGAACCAGCUCCGGCACCCGCUGCCCGUGCGCACCUCGCGGCCGCAGCGGGGCAUCCUCACCACCUCUUCUGAACAGAUGGUGAAUGAGACCUGUCUGAGCAUGCAGAAGCACGUGGAUAUGCUCAGUACGUGUGCAGCCAGGGAGGUGGAAGAGGACAUCCUGUGCGCCGAGGAGGCCAUCAGGAAUGCCAACCUCUCUGUCAGUAUCCUUCCCCUCUUGUAUGAAGCAGGAAACACCCCAUACCAGAACAGCAAGCUGCAGCACAAGCUAGAGUGUCUCAUGGAGGAGGCAUCACAGACCUGUGGCCGGGAGAUCCAGGCGAUCAUGCAGGCAACGCUGGACAUGGCGCACAGCCUGUGCCCAGCCGUGGUGCAGAAGAGUGGAGUCAGGGACCAGCUGGUCAAUGCUAUGUCAGAGAGGAUCUACCUCCAGGACCACCUCAACCUCAGCACUGUCCUGGACCAGAUGGUCACCGAUGUUUUCAGCAAGCUGAAUGAAAUCAAGCUGUCUGUCACAGUCGCCGUGGCCAACUGCAUUACGGAUGCUGUGCUGGGAGAUCUGACCACUGUCCACUGCAAACUGGUGGAGAGCUUCCCCAAGCAGGGGCUCGACCUCCCGGUGCUGCUGCCGGAGCUGGCUGAAGACGAUGCCACAGCACUGGCAAGGGGCAGGAAUCCUCCUGACCCUGCUGCAGAGGAGUACAAGAUGGCCCUACAGAGGAAAACCAAGCAUUUCAAGAGUAUCCGGCCCACGCCAAGUGUGAGAA